GAAUGGUCAAAACAAAUCCUGGGGUCUUGGUCUGGUCUAUGAUGUUGCUCGAACUGAAAAGUACUCACAAGGAUCCAACCAAGAAUGGUACAGUUUUAAGAACAGAAUUCUCGAACAUGUUAACUGUAGUUCAAUGCGAAAUGCUGGUCAAUUUCAUAUGAAGGCCUUACAGUAUCAUUUGAGUCAGAAACCACGAAAGGAAAGAAACAUUGACACUAACGUUAAGCUGGUGUAUGCAGGAAUAGAAAUAUGUAAGAUCAAGACGGCGGCUUUAUUGUACGAGUCAUUGGUAGCAUUCCUUUCCUUUUGUGGAGUAGACGUUGGGACUAUCGGACAUGGAAGGUUUGAUUUUAAGGGUUUUUUUUGUAUUGCAGGGGUUUUGUCAUUAAUCUCAGCUGUCUAUCUUCCAACAUUAUAGAAAGCAGUUUCCACAUAUAAUAAAGGCUGCAUAUAUCCACGUCAUUAAGCAAAAGGCAUCGUAUCUACAAAAACAUUUGGUAAAUACUGGCUUGCCCCCACUUUUCAGUUGCAAUAGACAAAUCUACUCCUCACAGAGACACGAAUCAGGCCAUAAUGAUCUUUUUACCUGUGAAUGGUAAACGCACUGCGAUGCCAAUUGAUGCUCCACUAGUGUACGAGUACAGAGAUGCAGAUUCCGAUAACGAAGACCCUAUUAGAGGAGGUUACUUGCCGUACAAGUAAUUGAAAUUUUAAAACGAUCAUUGCAGCUAACUAGCUCGGAUUUAAGGUUGUUGCGAGGUAGGAUGUUAUUAUGAGAGCUGACUGAGUCGAUGUGUGAGUAAUUUGCUAAACACGUUCUCCAUUGGCUUACUUUCAUUUUCUAAUUGCUUCUAGAUGUUCAUGCUGAUGGACAGUACCAAGCGAGUACAUUUCAAACGAAACUAUACGAGCUUUUGGGGAUGCAUCGAAAACCAGAUCCAUACUUUCUUCUUCCUUGGGAUGCAUCCCACUGGCUAGACCUAGCGAUCGUUUUGCUACGUGAAAAUUCCUUGUCUUCCAAUUUUAUCAAGCUUAUCAUCAAACGCUCUAAUCGCUUGCACACAUUAUUUGGAAGUGGCCGAGAACAUGCUGUGUACAAGACGUAUUCCAAAAAUCAAGGAUUAAAACGCUCGAAUCUGUUACAUAUGCAACCACGUGAUUUACCUGUUGUGCUUUCGAUCAAUGGAAGAAAAUUUACAAUAGUUAUCCCGCUUUGUUUACGGCAUACAGUGCAAAUCGAGAAGAUAAAAAAGAUGAUUGUGAUGAGACAAAAUACCAACUCAGAGGUCAAGAUUUUGCCAUAUAUCUAUGUGGAAUAAUUGAUGUGUUUCAGGCAGUUGUUUCGUUAAUGAUCAAAUGUCAGAGCUUAAACGUACCUCCCUGGAAAAUUGUUGCUUGGUUUCCGAUAGUCACUGACAUCUUGGAGGACAUCAGGACAGAAUUAAAGCGACUUAAGGACGGAGAUGUUGUAAAACCAGCUGAAAAGUUGUUGCCAAGACUUGCAAAACAUUGGCAUGAAUUAACAAAAGAACAAAUUGAAGAAUGUUCGUUUCAUGGAAUACAAGUCUGCGAAGGAUGGCUCUUAGUCAAUGAGAGUGAGCAACUCGUCGAAGAACCGUCUACAGACAAGACUGGGAAACAACAUAACUUGGGAGGCACGAUCACCAAAUGAUUGCCUAGAUGGUCUUUAUAAACUCACAGAAGAUAUUCCAAUGUGUCCAGCAUCUCGCUACAAAAACAUUAAGAUCGACAACAUCACUAAGUUAGAAGCUGUGUUUGACAUUGAGGGACUAACAAAGCUUCUUUGUCAUUUUUCUCACGCUAAUGGGCGGAUCAAAGUCAGCAGGGCUGGAAGACAUCUUUGGGAUUUUCGCGGGAAAAGAGAGUUUGCCGAUUUUUUCAAGUAUGUUUGCCAAUUGCCUCAUGUCAUGCAGCUACUAGACGACCAACCAUUACUGAAACUGUUGCCGCAUAACAGUGAUAAUGUCUUGGAGCAAUUUAAAGAAACUGUGAUGAGAAUGGUCUGGGAAGGUCUUGGUAAUUGUCGUUCGUAUGUGUUCAUCGAUGAAAAGCACCAACCAGUGACAGAAUUUGAAAAGGAGCAGCUAAUUUCCCUUAAAUGCAUUGAGGAUCCUGCACUAGAUUUGUGGUUUACACUGAAAUUUUCUUCGGGAAAGGCAGUGAAAGCAACGAUCAACGAAGAAUUUGUGUACACCAGCAUGUACACAAAUGAAGAUAUAAUAAGGUCAAUUGGUCAAGAAAUGUGCAUCGCCCUUGACGUAGCUCUUUCACAAGUGGUUGUGAGGCUAUAGUAGAAGGAUUUUAUAGUCUUAUGGGUACUCACAAGAAAACUGGAGCCCAAUCUAAUGAGGUUUUGGUUCAUAGAUCUAUAGUAGAUUGGUGCGUUCUUCAGCCCGUUUCAUGUCCUCGUACCACGAGAGCCAUUGCAGAAAUUUAUACAAACGGUGAUGAAGACUAUAAGCUACCAAAACAUCGGCUACCAUAUUUUAAAGAACACAGAGCGUCAAAUUUUGAAGUUAGCAAAGUUGUGGAUAGAGUGAGGCUCAUGCCUCCUCGAUGUCCACAUGUUUUGCAUGAAAAUGAUUUUGGUGAACUAUGACGGAGUUGUACUCACUCAAGGAUUUAUAGCUUUAAAUGCGAUAUUUUAUCUUUUAGUUUUUACUUUAUCUGUAAACUGUAAAUGUACACUGUAAUUGUAAAUGCUUGUUGCCAUUGUAAACUAUUCAACAAACACGCAAGAGCUUAAAGUUAACUACUGCGUUAUUUCAGGAAUACUCAGCACCACAUGCAUCAUUGAAUUACCCUGCCACGCCCACAAAUAUGGCGGAAUUUUGCCACGCCCAAACAUGCCUGGUGUGCAAUAAUAUUAUUAAAAAAAAUCUCCGGUGUGCAGUAGACAUACUUUCCAUACUGGAUCCACACUAUCACAAUGUGAGCAUUUAAUUAUGUUUAUAUCCAUUGUUGUAUUCAUAGCUUAUAAAGUGUAUUUGUGCAUUGUAUUGAACUUAAUUCACAGGCCAAGAAUCAAGAACAUUCAAAAGGAAACGACCAAAGACUCAAGGAGAGAUGAAAAAUGAUGUUCAGCAACUUCAUGUUGAGGUUCUUCAACUGGAAAAAGAAAAAAUGUUGUUUGACAAGCACAACCUAGAGUUGAAGAAAAAAAAACUCAAACUACAAGUACAGUUACUUGAGAGGAUAGUUGAAAUCAGUGAACAACCCCCUUCAUUUUUUUUAAUAAACUAGUCAACUGAAAUAUGUUUGUGCCAUAUGCUCCCUUGCUGCUAUUCCAUCUGUUUCCCCUGCAUCCAACAAAACAUCUUCAUUUUCUUCUUCCAGUGCAUCUUCUCCAAACUCAUCUUCUUCAACUCCAGGCUCUUGUCUUAGAAUGCAAAUGUUAUGCAAUACUGCACAAGCCAUUAUAAUGGUGCAGACUCUAUCUAGUUUCAUCCUAAAUAGAGUAAACAUGCUUGCUAGGAUUUGAUGUUGUAUUAAGGCUCAUAAAGACUCACUGAUACCUUAUUUCUGAAUGCAAAACAUGAAACCUUCUUUUCCAAAUGCCAAUGGUUCUUUCAACCAAACACCUUGUUUUUUUAUGUGCCUUGUUAAACUUUUUCUGGCAUGGAUGCACUGGAUGGAGGUAUGGAGUCAUCAAAAAUGACCGUAAGGCAUAUCCACUGUCCCCCAACAGCACAUCAUUAUUUGCUGCAUGAUCCAUUUCUUCCAACCUUCUACCAAUGGUAGAGGACCGGAAGAUGAAUGAAUAAUGACAUGAUCCUGGCCAUCGUGCUACCACAUUGAUAAAUUUGCCUGCAUAAAAUUAAUUUUUGGAAAUUUUUUUUUAAGUAGGUUGUAUUAAUACUUGUAGGAUAAAUUAAGUGGAUAACUUUGUAAAAUUCUAUUGUUAUGAUUAUGUAUUAUAUUAUGAUUAUUGAAGUGUAUUAUAUUAUGGUUCUUGAAGUCUAGUACAUUAUGGUUUUGAAUAUUAAUUAAACAUGUUUAAUAUGCUCAUA